AUGCCCAACAUCGCUAGUCUGAUUUCUACUACUAAUGGCAUGAGUGAAACGAACCAGAAUGGCAGCAAUAUAGCAGAUAUAAAAGCCAAACUCAUCAAGAUAUCACCUUCGCUGCUGAAUUUGCAUUCCUCGUUUUGGCUGAUUCAAAAAGACAUUCUCACCCUCCUCAGUCAACCCUCCAAUGAAGCACCCAAAAGAAACCUUCAGGCAGCUGAUGCCCUACUGAUCUGGUACCUACGAGCCGUUCAAGCGCUCAAGGCCGGAGCAGACCCAAAAUUGGUACCUUUGAACGACAUUUUUUCACAUUCAGUCUUCAAUUGGGUCACUGGAUCGCUCAACUUUUCUCAUGGAGCUCAGGCUAAUGCUGGUUUGGGACUCCUACGAAGACUCGUUCAGCUUCUACUUUUGUUGGAUAGAACCAGGGGUGACGAGCUUUGCUCUAAAUGGGCCAUUUCGACUUUCCAGAACCUGUCACUCAAAAAAGAGCAUUUCCAGAUAAUCGAGAUCUUAGCGAAAGAAUGUCCCCACGUCUCUCAGGGCUUCAAGGAGAAUGAUCCAGGUUUCUUUGAGGUGCUCGUUUCAGCCUGUGCAUCUGGAGCAGUUGCCAAUGCUUCAGCGAAAUGCCUAGCGGCUUUGCUUCAGAAUCUACAAACAGACUUCUCAGAAGGCGAGUUUGUCACUUACUGGGCAAAUCCUGUUGUUUCAGGUCUCCAGAGCCCAAAAGCCUCGUCAAACAUCAUCCAGCAUUUACUUCCCAUAUUGCUCAGAAUGACACCCAAUUCCGUUGAGAUCCUUAUCAAGAACCAUAUAGAUGCAUCUCAGCCAGAGCUUCUUCUCUCUGUGCUAAAUGUUAGCCAGAAACUUUCAAAAUCGAAGGAUCCUAUUGAUAGCGGCAUCUUGACCGAAAGCGAAGUAUUUGAGCUUUUGGUUUCCGACACUGAGAGCAUACGUCUUUCGGCCAUGCAACUAGUGGUUUCAACGAUUAAAACAAGUCGUAUACCUUCACCACACAUUCUCAGACUCCUCACUGAUGAGUGUAUACUUGAGGGAUUUGUGGAGGAUUCAAGGUCAUCUGAGACACGAGAUGCAUUCUCCUCUACGAUCAGAAAAGCCGUCAUCUCUUUAAAGGACUGCUACAUUCACAAUAGAGAGUCUUCACCAGAGGCCAUCAAAGAAGCACUUGAAUCACUUUUGAGAUACUUUCUGAUGAAGCUUUCACCAAGUUCAAGCUACCUGCUGCUACUCAUUGCAUUUGACUUCUUUGAAGUUUUGGUUGAAGAAGAAUUCGACGGGGUGGCACGUAAGAACACCCGAAAGCAGAAAAACCUCAUACCAGUUUUGGAAGUGUUCACACCAUCCUUUAUUUCCGUCAUGCUUCGCUUCACGACGAACAAUUAUGAGGAUAUCAGAGGAAAGGCUAGAAAGUUACUUCAAACAUGCCCUAGUGGCCUUUUGUUUGAUGAGCUGAGCAGCCUCUUCUUCGACUACUUGAACAAUUCCAUAGAAGCUUUGAAAUCUGUGCAAGGCAGAAAGAGCGAUGAAAACGUCAAUUUGCUCUUGCUUCUUGCGACUCAUUACUCAAGGAACCCACCAAAGCUACUCGAAUUUAUAAAACUACUCCAGGAAAGACUCCUUCAAGUCAAUGGAGAAUCUCCACACGGCUUUUACACAUUCUUUUCCAAAGCCUUCCAAACAUUACCAGAUUUCUUCUUGGAACAAGAGACAUACUCAACAGAACUUGUUCGAUGUCUUCUCAAAUGCUGUCAGAACCUGUGGCAGCAAUACAAAUCCAAUACGACAUUCGAGACCUUGGAAGAUAGCGAUGGUCUAGAAGCUUCAUCAUGGAGACCUAUCCGCGAAUCUGCUCUUCUAUUGGAUACAAUGAUUGCGUUGAACAAGAAAUCCUCUUUUAUCUUUCUCGAUCACGAACUAUUCCUAGAAGCCUGUGAGCUCACUCGAGACCAGCUCAGCAACAUAACCCAUAGAGGUGUCUUUAUGGCUGUUUUCAAUACCUAUGUCUCUGCUUGUGUUGUCUGUUUGGAGAGCCCAGGUCUUGAAGGCUACCCUAAGGUUUGGCUCCAUGAAAGUUUAAACCUCAUCAAGGCAAAAACUCAGUUUGUCUCAAGAAGAUCAGGUGGACUACCUUUUCUAAUCACCGGAGCUAUCAUGGCCCACAAGAAAAACGGUGAUGUUGAUGGCAUAAUUGAUUCCACCAUGAAGAUGCUCAUUGAAUAUACCAAAAUUCCCCUCAGAGAAGAAGACCGUGCCAAAUCAGGAUUUCCCCAGGUUCACGCUUUUAAUUGCAUCAAACAUCUAUUCUUGGAAUCAGCCUUGUUCUCAUCAGCGAAAAGGUACUUAAAUAAAGCGCUCAGCUUAGCAUUGGAAAGUAUCGACUCACCAGAAUGGUCGAUCAAGAACGCAGCUUUGAUGCUCUUCACCUCGCUUCAAAACAGGAUCUUUGGCACAAACAUGGUUGGCAAUCUGCUCUCUGGCAUGAAGACAUCUGUUUUCUUUAGCAUGUACCGUGACCUUGAUGAUAAAUUUUACUCUCGUUUAUCGAAAUUUGGGGAAAACGAAGGAGGCUCAGUAGAGAGCAUUCUUUCCAUUUUGACCAUUUUGGAGAGACUUGAAUGGAAUGGUACUGACGAAGGUCUCUCCAACAGGUUUUACACUUUGCUCCAAGACAAUUACUUGGGUCACCAGAGGUGGAAAAUACGAGAAAUGACCGCUAGGGUGUUGUAUAAAAUGGCAUUGAUGUCGAACAGGGAAAAGGCUACUCAGCAUUCCAUCACAGGUAUCUACUCCUCGAAUUCGAUGAACAAGAUCCAUGGUUUUCUCUUGCUCGCAUCGAAACUAUCUCAAGAUGUACGCAUAAAUGAUCAAAACAUGAGAGAUGUUUUUCAUUUUGUCCUGAAGCUUAACAACUGGCAGGUCUUCUCAGUUUGGCUCGACAUGUUGCCAGAGGAUCUUCCACUAUCAUUGGUGGAGCCUCUUGGAGAUUUCUUUGUGGAACUGCUAAUAGGAGAAAGCAUCAGGCCGAAUAGGGCAAAACACUCGACUCUAGCGAAGGUGAUCAAACUCUUGCACCGUUAUCACCUCGAAAACGAUGAAGUCGAGGUGGCAGAGGACCUUCUUCUUCUUGCACUUGAAAGCGAUGCAUACGAGAUUCAAGAACUGGUGAUUGAGUGUUGCCAAAAGCAUGAAAUAAUGAGUGAGAGAUUAAGGCAGACAUUGGAGCAAUUAGCACAAGUACCACUGACAUGGAGUUACAUACGUGUGAAGGUUAUUGAGCUUUUAUUGGUAACAGGUUCCAACCAACGGAUCAAGACGCUCGAUACAAAGUGGUCACAAGAACUUCAAAUCCUUGAUCUUGCUGCUCAGAGUCUUCCAGAUACUUUGCAACUUGCCAGGUAUAUACAGUCAUAUCAAACAGACGAGACGACUCUCCUUUGUGUCAAGGUGUUGGAGAGACUCAUGAGGCUGAAAGAACAGCUCGAUAGCGACUACAUCGAAGAUGUUAUUGUCCUUUUGCUUAUUUCAUGCAAGUCAGAGUAUAGACCCGCUCGUCGCAGGGCUGCGGACGUUUUGAGCCGUUGCUUCAAUUUAUCGAGUGAUUGCAGUACGACUUAUAUCUUCAGAAAGGCCCUUGAGGCUCAUGGCAAUUUCAGUGGAAAAGAAGGAUCCAUAUUGAGAAACUUUCUCACGCUGUAUAGAACUGGGUUCGAAGACUUCAUAAAAAAGGACCAGUUGGAUCUCGAUAGGGACGAUCUUUACAUCAAUGAGGUGACGGUGCAUUGUGAGUUCUCAAGAAGAACCAAGAUAGAAGUCAGUGAGGAUGUUGAUAAAGUGUUGCAGAUCAUUCAAACAUCACCGCUUCUCAAAUCCUGGGAGUACGAUUACCUGUUUGAUGUCAGUUUGCACAAAUUGAUGAACUUGAAGCGCUUGCAAGCAUCGGAUGCUGCUAUCACUGAUUUGCAGACACUCACCAAUAGCGUUUAG